AUGGGAAAUUGCUUCAGAAAAGAAUCCUCAAUGCAGUGGGGUGGUGAAGAUUGGGGCUCUUUCGAUUCCAAAACUCAUACAAAUCUAUACAGCAACUCGAUGGAUAUUGCAGAAGCAAAGAGCCCUUCUGCAGAAACAGGAAGAGAAGUCAAAAUCAAAAUCUCCAAGAAGCAACUGGAGGAGCUUUUAAGCAGGGAAAAUAGUCAGGGACUAUCAGUACAGCAAAUUCUAACACAAUUAAUGAACGUCAGUGAUGGAUUUGAGACUCAUCAACGGUCCUGGAAGCCUGCCCUGCAAAGUAUACCUGAAUGA